UCCUCGACAUAAGGAGAGAGGUUGUUCGGAAGUUUAGCCCUAGCUAGCCAUAAGAGAGAGAGGUCGCGUGGAAGAAACACGUCUUUUGACACGUUGAGAAAUACUAAUGGCGUCAUUCUCGGAAGCCCCGCCAGGCGAUCCAAAGGCCGGAGAGAAGAUCUUCAAGACCAAGUGCGCGCAGUGCCACACGGUGGAGAAAGGAGCAGGACACAAGCAAGGGCCAAAUUUGAAUGGCCUGUUUGGACGGCAAUCUGGUACUACCUCUGGAUAUUCUUACUCGACAGCAAACAAGAAUAAGGCUGUGAUUUGGGAGGAGUCUACUUUAUAUGAAUAUUUGCUUAAUCCUAAGAAGGUACUAUCAUUAGCAUUUGAUUUUCUUGAAGGAGGAAUGUUAGUGGUUAUUAUGCUCCUCUUGGCAUUCAAUAGCUCUGUUUACUUAAUCACAUUUUUUUUAAUCUUUUUUAAUCAAUUUAUAGCAUAUCUUUCCUUAUGAUAUUUUGUGUUCCUC